ACAACAAGCAAAUAACUUGAAUAGAAGCCUAAGCCACACUAAUUCUCUCUGAAUUCUUGAAGAUUUGACCUGCAUAUAUUCACCAACUCCCAGGAUUCGAAUGGCAGCAACUAUGGCAACAAUGGCCACCCUUAAUGCCAACUGCUUGAGCACCAACACCCACAGAGUUAUCAACACUUUGAAACCAAAGCCGGUAUCCCUUCUGUCCAUGCAAAACCUCCCAAAAGGCCUCCUCACAACAUCAAGAAAAGCACAAGACUCAAUCUUGUCCAAUCCGCUAACCGGAACAGCCCUUGCUGGCGCAAUUUUCUCAACCUUGAGCUCAUGUGAUGCUGCCUUUGCAGCUCAACAAAUCGCCGAAAUUGCAGAAGGCGAUAACCGUGGUCUAGCACUUCUCCUCCCAAUCCUGCCAGCCAUAGCUUGGGUGCUCUACAACAUCCUCCAACCAGCACUCAAUCAGUUCAACCAAAUGAGGAGUUCAAAAGGGGUCAUCAUAGGCCUUGGCCUGGGAGGUUUGGCUGCAUCAGGGUUCAUCCACACACCUCAGGCAUCAGCUGCUAGUGAGAUUGCAGCCAUAGCUGAAGCAACCGGUGACAACAGGGGUCAGCUUUUGCUGUUUGUUAUUGCUCCUGCAAUUAUUUGGGUGCUCUACAACAUCUUGCAGCCAGCUUUGAAUCAGAUCGACAGGAUGAGAUCUUAGUAUUCCCGUUGGGGUGCAGUAAUGAAUUGUGUUCACAUGUAAUUGCACCUUUGUAUCAAUGAAACUUUUCUUGAACAAAUUUUGGGGACUGCCUCUAAUUACCAUCAUCAGGAUAAAUCCUCUGCAACUGUACAUCGGUUUCAAAACAUGGUUCCAGCACAUAAAUAUAUAA